AUGGCUGCUUUUAUGGAGUGUGUCAAAUUGGAACAAGUGGACAUUCCGAGAUCUCUUGAAAUAUUGGGCCAGUUUGCUUUCCAUAGAUGCUUUUCGUUGCAGGAAGUAAAUAUGGAGGAAGGAAACUUGAGAGUGAUUGGACAAAAGGCGUUUGAGAGAUGUUUCAAAUUGCACACCAUUAGCAUUCCUUCCACUGUUGAGAGUCUUGAAAGAAAAACAUUCAAGAACUGCGAUUCUUUACGGGUAAUGAAGUUUCAGAAUGGUCUGAAAUCUGUGGCAGACGAAGCCUUCUACUCGUGUAAGAAUCUGCAGGCAGUAGCACUACCGGGAUCGGUAGAAUCGAUUGGCCUGAAUGCUUUUGCAAAGUGUCCAAAAUUGGUGUCCCUGGAAUUGGGGGAUGGCUCUAGAGGUGCAGCAAUACAGAACGGUGCGUUUGAGGAAUGCUCCUCGUUAACAAAUAUUUGCCUAUCCUCCGAAUCCCGAACAAGCCCAUCAAGUCCUGAAGAUCACGGUGAGCGCAUCAACAGCUUUCGAGGCUGCACAGCGCUAGAAGCACAAUAUGGCGAGACAAACAUAUCGCUUGCUCUGGGAAAUAGAUUCGAGAACCUACCGGUACACAAGAAAUGUUAUCACGCCUCUGUUACAACAGCCGAUGAACUCGCUAGGGAGAUUGAAUCGUCAGCGCAAUCGUCGCCGCAAGGGAAUCCUACCCAUGCUCAUUUGAAUUUGGUAGAUCCUUUUGGAAUGACACCCUUUCACAUUCUUCUCUCGGCUGCAAACUGCAGACUUGAUCUCUUACAAGUCCUGGUAGAUGCGUACCCACCACAUGUGCUUGGAUGGACAGACGCGAAGGGAAAGACUGCCAUUGACUACUACCGUCAACAAGGCUGGAAUCUGAAUGAAGACUCUCGGCGGAUAUUGCAACUGGCUCUUGAUGGAUGGUUGGUGGGUUCGAUAUCGAGUUGGAAUGGAUUGGAAGUGUGGAAAUCGGACAUGUCGAGUAGGGUGAAUGCUAUUGUUGCUGCUGAGUAUGAUGUGGAAGCGUGGAAAUCGGACAUGUGGAGUUUGGUGAAUGGGCCAGCGAUUCUUGCUGAGGGUAAAGUGAAUGAGAGAGAAAGGCAACUCUUAAUUGAAGAAGCACCGUUAGCUCUGUUACGAUAUGAGCGGAUGGAAGCUACAUCGUUGUUAGAGUUGUCUUUGUGGAAGAUGGAGAUGAAGACUGCAACUGGUGCAUCCACAGAUAAUGCAACACGAACUACAUCCGACAAGGAUGAACGAGAAGCCUACCGGAUCCGAUGUGGCGCUUCAGUCCUUAUUCCGAAUGUGACUACAUUCCUGUGUGAAACAUCCCUGAAUGAAACUAAUCGGACAAAGCUGAUAGGCUUGGUUAUCCCUGGAAACCCCGCAUCCAUCGUUACCCCGGUCGCGGGAAGCAACAAAUCCAUCGUUACCGAGAUACCAUAA